AUGAAACCAAAUCUUCAGUUAUUACUCGAUUCAGGGUUUGAUCCUUCCAAGUACAAUUUUUAUGUUGCAUUACUUGUCAAAAGGGCUAUCUCUAAAUCACAAUGGGAUGCUAAAGUUGAUGCCUUGAAGAGUUGGGGUUGUUCUCAAGAUGUGAUUUUUUAUGCCGUUAAAAAACGGCCUAACUUUAUGCUACGGUCGCCGGAGAAACUUAAUGCGGUGAUGUGGUUUUGGGUCAAAGAGCUUGGUUGGGAUCCUUCACUGCUACUGGCAGCACCGGAUCUUUUUGGAUUUAGUAUAGAGAAAAGGUUUAUUCCAAGGGCUUCUGUUGUCAGCUAUAUCAAGGGUAGGAUGCUAGCAUCUUCUGGUGCUUGGGUAGGUUGUCAAAACACAUUUUGUUGUAACUGA